UGGGAGACGAUCGCCGAACGAGACCGUAGCAAAAAUAUUUCAUGUCGAGCAGCGGUACAGACCAAUAAAAAUAUAUAUAUACGUACAUAUCCCUACUAUACUCUAUAUAUAUAGUAUAUUCAUGUGGUACCAGCUGGCAGUGGCAGUUUUGAGUGCGGCAAGACGCGUCAAGUGAAAUCGAAUUAUAUUUGAAACAGAAGCCAGAAAAAGCCUCCCGACCAAGAAGAAACCGACAAAAAGAUGACGACACAGCAAUUGCUCAAUAAAAAUGUUCGAAAUAUGCCCUCAUGGGUGAUGGAAGCAAAUGAUCGCAUUGGCCCCAAGCCACCGCCCCUGCCCCCAAAUGGGGUGGCCAGCAAUGGCGGCAGUCUGCCCAAGGCCCCAGCCCUGCCGCCGAAAGUGAAGACCACGCCGGAGCCCGACUACGAGGUCAUUGAGUUCUCCAACCAGCAACAGCAGUACUCCAACGAACCCCUGAAGACCACAGUGAUCCGAACCAAGACACCAGACAACAAAUUGAAGUGCACCCUGUGCGGCUCCCAGAAUCCGUGGGUGACCUGUGCCGAGUGCGCGGGCCAGAUCUUCUGCGCCUCCUGCGACGACAUGUUCCACAAGCAUCCCAAGCGCAAGCAGCAUAUGCGAAAGGCCGUGGAGCAGGGCAUUCCGCCCAUACCACCCAAGGUGCAGCCAGGUGGUGGACCAGCAGCACCAGUGGCGCCACCGCGCCGCAGCAAGCGCGGGGGCCUCUUGACACCGUUCCUGGGACGGAAGGAUCAGAUGCUACCGCCGCCCUCGCCCACACCCUCGCACAAGUCCACGCACAGCGGCUGGCGGGGAGGCGCCGCCACACCCCCAUUUCCGCCGGCUUCCGCCCCACAGCUGAUGAACAAUCGCCCGCUGCCGGAGCCGCCAAGGAGUGAGGGUGGUGGCUCCUCCCGGUCCGGCACGCCCAAGUCCGUGUUCGAUGCCAUACAGAGGCCACCGUCGGUGCAGCUGGAGAAGAUCAAGAGCAAGGCCAGUGCCACGCUGGACCGCAUGGCCAUCCUGCAGCAGCGAUACCGUCAGCAGAAGGCCCAGCAGCAGUCGCUGGGACUGGAUCCAGGCGAUGAUCAGGCAGCGGGUGCCCAGCGGCGUCAGAUGAGCACUUCGGUGUUCAAUUUGAAUACCGCCUCGAACGUGAACAACCGCAGGCCCCUGGCAUCGGAGACAACACAGAAUGGGGGAGGAGGAGCCGCAUGGCUGGCCAAUCAGCGGAUGCAACAGGCCCAAUCCAUGGCCCAGUUGAACUGCACUGGCUGCCAGCAGAAUCAGCAGCGAGGUGGCUGGCCCCAGGCUCACCAACAGCAUCCCCAGCAUCCCGAUGAGUGGUCACAGUUCGGCUCCCAGCAGCACUUCAAUCACUCGAAUCUCUCGCUGAACGUGGGUCCGGGCUACAUGCCACAGCAGCAGCAUCCGCAUCAUCCCCACUAUCCGCCACCUGUGUUCAUGACGCAGAGGGGCAUGGUGCCGCACAUGUAUCCCGGAGCACCGGGCGGCUAUCCCAUGAUGCAUCCAGGUGUCAUGGGCAUGCCUCCGUCGACUUCCUCUCGAGCAGCCUCCCGUGCCCGCUACGCCGCCUCGCCCACCCCCAGCCGGAAGUCCAUGUCCAUGCGACGGAAGCGAAGCAGCUACGGAGACGAUGAGCUCACCGAUGAUGAGGACUCGGACCAGGACGAUCGCCGGUCCUUGGUUUCGAACAGAUCGGCCAUGACCAGCGCCUCGCGAUCCCACCAUCCGCAGCAGCGUCAGAGGCGUCUGUCGAGCGCCUCCCAGUUCAUCGCCAACGACGAGGUCGACGGCGAUCAGAGGCAUGGUUCGAGGCAGCACAAGCUGCGGGAUCGUCGUGGAUCCAUUGCCAAGUCAGUGCAGAGCGAAUGGCUACCAGAGAGACGCGACUCCAAUGCCGAAGGAACACUCAAGAGAAGUCAGGCAGUCCCCGCGGAAGCAUCCGCCCGAACGAGUCGGAUCUACUCCGAUCUGGAGUCGGAGGGCUCGGGCACACGGGCCUUAGUCCAGGCCAAAAUACAGCAGAAGCUCCAGGAAGCACAGGAUCAGCACAAGUCCGCGAAGAAAUCCUCCGAGCACAAACGUAAACCAGAAAUGAAGGACGAGAACACCCAGGCCGCAGCAGUGGUGCCGAAAGUGCUGCCAGCCCAGGAGGAGAGCGCCUCCGAGUACGAGGAAGUGGUGGAAGAGGUCACGGCCUCGGAGAGUGAGGCAGAGGCCGAAAGUCCGGAGCAAGUCCAAGCCACACCUGAAGAGGUGGCAGAAGAGGAGGCAGAUGACCUGGGACCGCCGCCAUCGACACCGGAUCACGAGUGGGAAUGCGAGUUCUGCACGUACGUGAACGAGCCGAACAUUAAGAUCUGUUCGAUAUGCUGCAAGACGCCUAGCAAGACCCCAUUGCCACCAAACAAAUCAAAGAAGACAGAGGCCAAUAAGCCCAAGAUUGCCGACAAGCCAGAGGCCCAAAUGGUGCGCAGGUCCUCGUUGAAGUCCCAGAAGCCAGCCAGCGAGAGGACCACCAGUGCUCCGAGCCACUCCCAGAAGACCACAGCAGCUCCGAGCCACUCAAAGAGCACCACAUCGGCCACAACUAGCUCUAGAAACUCCACAAGCAACGCCAAGACCUCCACAGCUGCAACAAGCAACUCCAAGAGCUCCUCAACGACAUCCACAAGCCACUCCAAGAUCUCCUCCGCACAGCAGAACAACGUAAAGCCCAGCCCGAAGCCAGCGCUGAAGACGUCAUCGGAAAACGAGUCCGAUAACUCUCUGGCCCGGGGCUUCAUCCAGAAAGAGUCCGUGGAGAACAUUUGGAACACUCUGGAUGAGAGCAUACAGGCCCAGGCGGAGGAGGUCUUCAAGCAGGCCCAGAACAAGGAGCCCCGCGAGGUGAUGGAAAUGGGCACCUCGCCGCCGCCUCAGAGCAUCUCCACACAAACCUACGACGCUCUGCCAUUUGUCGCAAAGAAGGAGGAACCGCCAGUGCCAGAGCGCUUUAGGACCCCGGAACCCAGCACCAAAAUGGAACGACGUCCGUACUAUCGCAGCAACUCACAACUGCCGCAGGAGAACGAACGAUAUCGCAGUGCGAAUGAUCUGCGAUACGCCAACAACGAAGGAGGAUCCUACGGCCUGGAUCCUUUCAACACAGGACAGGUCACGAGGCGACCCAACUUUAUAAACGAUCUACGAAUGCUGCAACACCAAUCUUCGUCACCCUUUGACCUGCCACAUGACUCGUUUUCGCUGAAUCUGAAGCACGAGCCAGCCAGAGAUCCCGAGACCGAAAUGCACAUCAUUCUGAAGGAGCUGGAGCUCUACAAAUUCACGGUGGAAGAACUGGAGGCUGCGCUGAAGUACUGCUCCCCGGACACCCAUCCCAUCCAGUGGCUGCGCGAGAACUGGCACAAGCUGGUCCAGACCGUCCAGAGCUUGUCCACGAAAUACGGCCAAGAGCGGGGAGAGAACACCAUUGGCAGCAUCUCGCAGAACGAGGCCCGGGAGGCGCUGCGCAGCUCCAGCGGGAACGUGUGGCAGGCGGUGGCCGACUGCAUCCAGCAGCGGCAGCAAAAGUACCGGAAGCUGGCCUCCAAGGGCAACUUCCUGCGGGAGGACAUCGUGAAUGCGCUGACGGCGCAUCAAGGUAAUGUGGAGCAGGCGCUGCUGGAGCUGAAUCGCACACAACUCAAACCAUUUCUAAUGCGCAUCUGGGGCUCGCCGAAUGGCGUCGAGAACGAGAGUGGAGCCAUGGCGGCCAUAGACACCAAGUCCGAUAUCACUGAUUUCCUCAACACUCAUGCUUUGGAUUGCCUGCAACAGCCACAGAUACAGACACAGUCACAGAUACAGAUACAGCCAUUCGACUUCGAGGACAGCCACAGCAGCCCCGCCAAGUCCACGUAUGCCACCCCCAGUCCCUACCAGCUGGAGGACAGCACGCUCAAGAAUCUCGAGAUCCUCAUCGGUAACAUGGAGCAGAACCAGGCCAAGCAGAACCAGGACGUCCUGCGCUCCAUCGAGAGCAUGCUCGAGACCUUCAAGGGCAAGCCGGAGCUGGAGUACGAAACGGAUCCGGAGGUCAUGCGCAUUCUCACCAAGAGUCCCAUCAGCGCCCUGAAGCCGCUAGCAUCGACCUCGCUUGUCGAGGACAAGUCCACGGAGGAUGUAAAGAACUUUGUCUGGCAGCACAUCCAGGAUAUUGUGCCAAACCUAGUGCAACAGGUGGAACAGGAGCUCAAGGCAGAGCCACAGGCCCCCUCCAAUGCAGUGCCAGUGGAAGAAGCAGAAGAACCCCCUCCAAAAGAGCAGCCAGAACCCAAAGAGGAGCCUCCUCUAGCCAAAGAAGAGCCUCCUGUACCCAAAGAGGUGCCUCCUGUAGCCAAAGGGGAGUCUGUACCCAAAGAAGAGCCUCCUGUAGCCAAAGCAGAGCCUCUACCAGAGCCGGAGACUGUGCCAGAACCCAUUGUUGAUCCUGGGGUAUAUAUAAUGGAGGAGUUUAUCAGACCCAACAUUCGGGAAGCCUCCAUACGCGAGGAACUUGCCACAAACUUUAUUUAUGCCACAGAAAUAGCCAACUUCAAAUUGGAGUUUGAUCGUGGCAUCGAAAGGCUGCACGAGGCGGAGUGGGAGCCCGAGGAUCUGGAAGAUGCAGAGCACCUUGUUUACAAGAGUUACACAGCCCCCAAGGAGGAGGCACCGCCACUAGUAGAGGAGGUGCCAGAACAAGCUGCAGAAUCCCCAAAAGAAACUACAAUUGAGACUCCCAUUGUCCCUGUAAAGACUGAAGACGUAGCGACACCUGUUGCUGCGGCAGAAGAAACCCACUUGAAAGAUACUUUGACGGAAACCCCAACUGCAAAAGAAAUCAAAGAAGAUACUUCGGUAGUCUCCAAGGAGAUAUUGCAAAAGGAGCCCUCCCAAGUGGACCUCGAUGACAGACCCAGCACGAGCCGGGAGGGUGCCAAUCGAAGGAACAAACGAUCGCAGCAAUCCAAAAAGGCUCGAGCUCGUGAGCAGAGUCAAAGGCCGGUGAACAGGGUCCGGCUUCCUCCCAAAGACGCUGAACAGAAACAAAAUGAAGCCAAAGAGGUCCUGAGAGAUGCCACUCAGGCAGAAACAGAAGCCCCAAAAGAUACUAUUCCUGCGGAUAGAGAAAUAGAGAGUCUUAGCCAACCCACAGAAACUUCCAUUGCCACAGAACCCAUAGCUACAACUGAUGCUGAUAUUACUUCUAGUGAGAUCUCACCAGAGGCAAAAACUGCUCUCCCAAGCGAAGUAGAGAGAGACCAACCAGUCCUAUCAGGUUCAGAAUCCGCUGGGAUUGAAUCGACUGUGAAUGCGAAUAUAUCUCUCUCAGUCCAAGAGGAAGCUAUUACCCCGAUAGAAGCAAUUUCCGAAGCUGUAGAGGUUAAAGUCGCCCAAUCGGAACAGAUUGUUCAGACCCAAACAGUACCUCAAUCUCCAGACACCUUUGGGCAGAACUUCGAGCCUAUAGAUGCUAAAGAUGAACCCGAAGAAAGGACAGUGGUAGAGGAAGACCUAGCUUUGGCCGUUGCAAAGGAUAACUCAGAGGAAACUAUUGAAAACAACAUCGAAGAAUCGCUUACUUCCGAGUCUUCUCUCAUACAAGAACCUCUACCUCUCAUCGAGCCACAAUUAACAGCUGCAGAAGCCGAGGAAACCCGCAUUAGGUCGCCAACUAAAACCGAUCAAAAACGUGGACCAAAACGGUUCUCUAAGAUACCCGUGAGAACUUCCAGUACCCAUAGUCUGCGCAGUGAAAGUAGAGCCAGCAAUCACACACCAACUGGAGCGGAAGAAAUCGAAAUGGAGGAGAGAGAUCCACUUCAGCAGGAGCAGAUUGUUACCAGAGAAGAGGAGCAAAAUCAGGUGGCUUCAACAAAUUCAGGCCUCCCCAAGACAACAGUUCAAGCCACCCACUCAGAGCAAGAAAUAGCCCCAGUUAGUCCCGUAGAAUCCGAUGAGAUAUUUGAAGAUGCCCCAGAGUUCAGCAGCAGCGAGGGGACCCGACCCCAUGACGAAGAGGCUGCCUCCGAUACAGAGCUCUACAGCAUUGUCGACAGCGACGAACAGUCGCUGCGUGAAGAGACCAAGUCCCCAGAAGAAGAGGUGCUUCUUGUGAUUGGCGGGGACUCUGCUGCACAGGACGUGGCCAACAGCAACAUCAGCAUCGAGUCGCAUUCAAGUCACUCGGAAACGUCCCGAAUGGUCCUGAAAGAGUUCGUUCCCUCGGGAGAUCCGGCCAAGCAAAACCUCAGCGAACUCGUUUCGGACACUCAGCGUCUGAUCAAGCAAAUGCGCGACGAGAUCAGCCUGGACGACUUCGAGUCCACCGACGAGGACGAGUACUCGGAUGAGUAUUCGGACGAAUAUGACGAGGGCGAGGAGGAGGAGUGGUACGACAGCGAGGGCGAGGAAGAGGGCGACUUUGACGAGGAGGAUGGCACCACCUACAACGAGCACACAUCCUUCGUGGGAGAUGCCUCCAGCGGUGACGAGGGCACCGAAAUCAAGGACAUCAUCGAAGAAGAUGAAGAGCAGGAGGAGGAGGAGGAGGGACACACACAGAAAACGAACCCCCAUGAAGCGCCAGUCCCCGAUCCCUCCCAAUCAGUCACGCCCACAAGCCAUGAUGUCCCAGAGACUGAGGUUGUUUCGUCCACAGGAAACAGUCUUCUGUUGCCACAAGUGGAGGCAGUGGAGGCCGUGGAGGAGGAGCCAGCAACUGAACUUCCCUCCAGCACAGUCGAGGCCCUGCCCAUACAACCUCCUGCCCUCAUAGAAGAUUCCGAGAGUCGCCCCGUCGAACCACCCACAGAAAUAGUCCUGGAAGUCCGCACAGAAGAAGUGGAAGCCCUACCCAUAACACCGGCACCACCCAUAGUCGAUUCCGAGUCCCGUCCCGUGGAGCUGCCCGUUGAGACCGUAUUGGAAGAGCCCAAAAAGGUAACAAGCCCGAAGCAAGCGAAAACAGCUAACAAGACAGCCACAGCCCACACUGAGGGAGGUGCCACACCCAAGACAGCCAAGUCCACGAUCAGUAAAAUACCCAAACCCACCAACGAACCCACUCCAAACACAAAGAAGCAGCCACUCCGUUCCAAGUCUUUCUCCGCACCCAUGGGCAUAUCGUCCGUGAAGCGCAUCCAGCAGGAGUAUCUGCAGAAGCAGACGACCCUGACAGCCAGUCGAGUGCCCCUCAAGAGCAGUCCCACCACCAAGAAGUCCAUCAGCGAGGCCAUCAGCAGAUUCAACACAAAGACCUCCACGAUGCCGCCCCUAGAUGGACCCAGCACGAGUGGAGCAGCGGCAGCGGCUGCUGCGGCACUGCUGAAGCCACGCUCCCAGCCUCGCAUUCCCAAGAAGAAGUACCACGAGACCUGCUUCUCCGACGAUGACUACGAGACCUCUGCCAGCGAUGGGGAGGAGCCAAACGACGAUCCGCAGACCACGGAGCCCCUCAAGGCAGAACUUCUAAAGCGUAAGCUGAGUAUCCCCGUCUUCCGGGCAUAUCCUAGUGUCCAGGAGCCUGUCCUAGAGGAUCCAGCGGUCCUGGCCCGCAAAUACGUGGCGCAAGGCACGCUGAGGAGCAUUGGCGAGGCCCAGAUAGCUGCCACCUUGGUGAACAUGAAGUUCCAAGAGGACGUGGCCCUGUGGGCGGCUAGGGAGUGCUCGGACCUGGACCAGGCCAUAGCCAUGCUGCAGCAGGACUGUGAGCUGUGCAUGAACACGUACCCGAUGAACCAGAUCGUGUCCAUGCUCAAGUGCACCCACAAAUGCUGCAAGCAGUGCGCCAAGAGCUAUUUUACAGUGCAGAUCACCGAUCGCAGUAUCAAUGACUGCAGUUGCCCCUUCUGCAAGCUGCCAGAGCUGAGCAACGAGCAGCAGCACGAGGACGAGCACCUGGAGUACUUCUCCAAUCUGGACAUCUUUCUCAAGAGUAUUCUCGACACCGAUGUGCACGAGCUCUUCCAGCGCAAGCUCCGCGAUCGCACCCUCCUGCAGGACCCCAAUUUCAAGUGGUGCAUCCAAUGCUCGUCGGGAUUCUUCGCCCGGCCCAAGCAGAAGCGUCUGAUUUGCCCGGACUGUGGCUCGGUGACCUGUGCCCAGUGCCGCAAGCCCUGGGAGCGUCAGCACGAGGGCAGCAGCUGUGAGGCCUACCUGGAGUGGCGCCGGGAGAACGAUCCCGAGAAGCAGGCACAGGGUGUCCAAGAGCAUUUGGCCCAGAACGGCAUUGACUGUCCCAAGUGCAAGUUCCGCUAUUCGCUGGCCAGGGGCGGCUGCAUGCAUUUCACCUGCACUCAGUGCAAAUUUGAGUUCUGCUACGGCUGUGCGCGUCCCUUCAUGAUGGGCGCCAAGUGCCAGGUGUCCUCCUACUGCGCCAAGCUCGGCCUGCAUGCCCAUCAUCCGCGCAACUGCCUCUUCUAUCUGCGCGACAAGAUACCCCUGCAGCUGCAGUUCCUGCUCAAGGAGCAAAAGGUCACGUUCGACACGGAGCCCGUGCAGGUCCAGGACGAACUGAGUAGCUCGACCACGGCCCGAGCCAUGGCCCGCUGUCCCAUACCGCUCCAAAAGGAGACGCCCCAGGGCCUGGUGGACACAGUGUGCAACACGGAAGUGCCCGACAAGCAUGCGGGCAUGUGUCGCACCCACUAUGUAGAGUAUUUAGCUGCCAAGGUGGCCAAGGCCGGCAUCGAUCCGUUGCCCAUUUUCGAUCUAACAGACUGCGUGCAGGAACUGCGUAGGCGGGGAAUCGCCUUGCCCGAACGCGGACCCUGGGACACCGACGAGAUCUACAAGACCAUGUGCUCCGAGGUAAUCAAACAGCAUAUUCCACUGAAGUCGGCCUGAAGUCGAGGGAGGAGACACCGGCGGAGUGAUGGAUGAUGAGUGGAACACUCUGUUUCGACUGCUGCAAUUCUUCAUUCAUUUUUUAUGAUUUAUGGCAAACAUUUUUAUAGACAUUUUAUAUCACACGAAACACACACAAAUUUUUGACAGCUCGUUAGACUUUAGACACCUACGCCCCAUCCAUAAAUAAAGCUUCCCCUACCAUUUGUUUAGUUACUAAGCGAUUGAGAGCAACAGCCCCAAAGAAUAACCCCCAAAAGAUCUGCACGUGGACCAAAGUGCAUCCAAUAAACCGAAUAUACAAAUAUGAGAAACCGA